GCAUCCUGGAGGGCGGGAGGAGCCCGCGUUGAGGUUUUGGGGCCGCUGACGAUACCGAUACCAGAUACCAAAAUUCUAUGCUUUGGCCGCGCAUUGAAGCUCAAGUGUUGUUCCGUACUUUCACUUUGCCGCCCACACCGCUCGUAGCCCGUGCAGUUCCACUUUCGCUCGAAACAGUUCGCUGACAGUUUUGCAACGCACUCGCUUGACGCGCUUCUUCCUUAAACGCCGAUGUACAGCUGACAAGCUUGUGCGACAAAUAACAGCCAUGGUUGCCAUGGGCGUUGCAGCGCUGGGCCCGCAGCGCCUGAGGCUUCGGCCAUCGGCCCUGCAUCUCGAAAGCCGAGGCGCCGUGGAGCCGGCUUUCAGCCUUAGCUUUCCGGGCUGCGGCGUUAUGCUCAACUGGCAACUUGGCGUGCUCAAGGGCCUGUCGCGGCACGUGGACCCCAUGGAGGUGCCGCUGCUGGGCAGCAGCAGCGGCGCCCUCACCGCCGCGCUGGGGGGGUGCGGCGUGGGGCCGGAGGCGGCGGCGGAGGAGCUGCUGCGGCUGAUGUGCGAGCAGCGGGUGGCGCAGCGGCGGCUGGGGCUCAUCGGGCGCCUGGGCAGCCUCACUCGCACCUGGCUGGACCGAGUGCUACCCGACAACGCAGGCGCGCUGCUGUCACGCGGGCGGACCACGGUGCUUGUCACUCAGCUGCCGCGGCUGCAGACGCAGCACAUCAGCGCGUUCGGGGACAAGCAGGAUGUGGUGGAGGUGGUGAUGGCCUCCGCCCACCUGCCGCUGGUGCUGGACGGCAGCUGGUACGCCACCUGCCGCUCCGCUCCCGCCAUUGACGGCGGGCUGUGGUGGUGGUGGCGCCGCUGUGAGGCCGCAUACACCGUGCCCGCAGGCAGGGGCGGCAGCAGCAGCAGCAGCGGCAGUAGCGGCAGUAGCGGCAGCGGCAGUAGCGGCAGUAGCAGCUACAGCCGGACGUCAGCCGAGGGGCUGCAGGAGCAGGGGGAGGAGGGGGAGGAGGGCUGGGUACGCGCCAGCGGGGGGCUUGCCAGCGGGGGCGCGGGGGCGGCGGCGGCGGCGGCGGCAGUAGCAGGUGACGGCGGCGGCGGCGGCAGUAGCGGUGCGGUGGGUGUGGCUCUGAGCAGCCCCACCUCAUUCCUGGACUUCAUCGCGGGCGAUGUGCAGAGGGGCCUAGCCCCGGAGGUGGCGCGUCAGCAACGGCAGCGCGCCGCCGCCGCCGCCGCCCACAGCUGGUCCUUCUCCUCUGCCGGCGGCCUGGUGCGCGGCAGUAGCAGCGGCAGUAGCAACUAUGGCAUUGGCAGUAGCAGCGGCAGUAGCAACUAUGGCAUUGGCAGUAGCAGCAUCGGCGGCGGCGGCGGCGGCGGCGGCGGAUUCCUGGGGGAGGACGCAAGCACGCUGCCAUGGGCUGCCGCGGUCGGCGGCGCCGGCAGCCCACUCCCUGCCCACUCCCACACCUUCCCGCUACUGCCGCGUCUGCACCCCCACCCCCACCCGCAUCCCCAUCACACGGCGCACACACAUCAUCACCCCCACCACCCCCACCACCCCCACGGGGCUAUGGGUCUGGCCUUGGCGGCGGCGGGGCCGGGAGGAGGCGUGGCGGCGGCGGCGAGUGGUAAUGGCGCCGGCAGUGGCGGCCGUAUGAGCGCCACCCUUGCAGCGCAGCAGCAGCAGUGGCACAUGCAAGAUUUAGCAUGGGAGCCGUACGGUGGCGGCAGUAGCAGCAGCAGCAGUGGCGGCAGUAGCAGUAGCAGCAGCAGCCGGCAGCCGGUGGUGCUCAUCGUGCAACCGGGCGACGACCCUGCGGUGGUGGCGGAGUGGGGCCGCUUCCGCAACUGGCGCCCCAGCUCCCCCUCCUCCUCUCCCACCCGCUCCACCCGCUCCACCCACUCCGGCCCCGGCAGCGGCAGCGGCAGUUACGCCGACGCGCGGGAGCUGCUGCGGCGCGGCGAGGCCUACGGCGCCGGCCCACUGCUGCGACGCAUUGAGGCGGGGCUGAAGGAGGCGGCGGCGGCGGCGGCGGCCGCAAACUGAGGUGAGCUGCUGCUGCUGCGGCGGCGGCGGCGGCCGCAAACCAAGGCGAGCUACGGCGGGUGGUGGCGGCGGGGAAGGGAGACGAGCUGCGGCACCGGCGGCGGUGGCGCAGGGGCAGCAUCGAUGCAGGGGCUGCGCGCCGAGCGGCGGGCGCGUGUGGGUAUGGGGAAACGAGAGUCGUGCCGCGCCGCGCCGCGCCGCGUGCGUGUGUAUGUGUAUUUGUAUGCUUCUGGAGAGCACAGCGGGACAGGAUAGCACACACGAAGACGUAGAGGGGUGCGUGGGUGUGUGAUUAUGUGUGUGUAGUGGAGAGGGUAAAGGUGUGCGAAGCGCUGGGCCGUGAUUGGGGGCGUGUAUGUCUGAGAGCUAGGGCGGGUGCGAUGCAGUAAGAGGGCGGGGCGGGGGGGGGGGGGGCGGGAUGACAUGGGCGGCGCGGGGCGCAUGUGAUCGUUAGGAACAGUAGGAGUGUGAAGUAGGGGUGACACGGACCCGCCCACCCAACCCGCCAUGUGACCUACAUACAUCUGCUGCACUGCUGUGUGCUUGGUGGUGGUGAAGAGCUGUUAUCGAGGUGCGUUACAUGAGGUGCGUGACGAAUACAGGGCUGUGCCUGAGAAGCGCCUGUGCGCGCCAACGACGAAGACUGAGUGAGUGGUGGCUUGUGUGGGGUGAUGAGAACGAGAGUGGGAGCGGAUGCGAAGUGGACUUCAUAUUUCAUAGCAUGUGACAGGUAAUCAGCGCACGUUUGCACGCAUUGGCGCGCGGCACAACAGUAUGCGGCGCAAGUGUGCGUGACCCAGAUAGGAUCACCGGUAGCGUUUCAUGUUUGUGUGGAGAGACGUUUGGAGACACUGGUAACUAGCUAGCGGCUUGGGACUUGGUAGUGCGUCGCGUGUGCUAGCCGCCUGCCGGUGGCUAGCUGUGAUCGCUGCGGGUAGCUAGCAGGUUGCAAGAACUUGCGACCCACGUUUACUGCUGCCCGGCUUAUGUUGUCAUUGGGGAUGGUGGAGGAGCAAACGGCAGGCGGGGACAGGGGGUGCCUGAGGGUGAAGAAGCAGUGAGAGGGGGUGAGGGUGGGGGCUUGCGCGAAUGGCCCUGAGGCAUGAGGGGAGUUGCUA